AUGAGAUUGGAUCUGGAAUCAGGCGUCACCAAAUGCAUCUCCGAUGACAUCAAAUUAAAUUCAAUGACUGUUGGAAGUUACUCCAUCGUCAAUCCAAACGAAGCUCUCCAUCUUCCUGCUUCUCACAAAAUCUUUGUCACUGUGACAUCACCUAAAGGGCACAGCCAUCAUCAUGCAGAAAGUGUAGAGUCCGGGAAAUUCGUGUUCACGGCGGAUGAAAACGGCGAUUACACCACAUGUUUUGUGGCUCCCGGUUUUAGGCCUCCGGCCAAGUUUGCCGUUGAUUUCGAGUGGAAAAGCGGCGUCGAGGCUAAAGAUUGGGCCAACAUCGCCAAGAGAGGCCAGAUCAACAUGUUGGAGGUGGAGGUGAGAAAAUUACUCGACGUGACGGAAUCUAUACACGACGAAAUGUUUCAACUUCGGGAGAGGGAACGGGAAAUGCAGGAGUUAAACCGGUCAACUAACUCGAGAAUGGCGGCUAUGAGUUUAUUGUCUUUGGUGGUUGCGUUGUCAGUCGCCGGUUUACAACUAUGGCAUCUCAAGUCGUUUUUGGAGAGGAAGAAGCUUCUCUAA